AUGUCCGGUGGUAAAGGAAAGGCAGGUUCCGCUGAAAAGGCUUCUACAACCAGAUCCGCUAAGGCUGGUUUGAUCUUCCCAGUUGGUAGAGUUCACAGAUUGUUGAGAAAGGGUAACUACGCUCAAAGAGUUGGUUCUGGUGCUCCAGUUUACUUGACUUCCGUUUUGGAAUAUUUAACUGCUGAAAUCUUGGAAUUGGCUGGUAACGCUGCUAGAGACAACAAGAAGUCCAGAAUUAUCCCAAGACACUUGCAAUUGGCCAUCAGAAACGAUGAAGAAUUGAACAAAUUGUUGGGUAGCGUCACCAUUGCUCAAGGUGGUGUUUUGCCAAGUAUCCAUCAAAACUUGUUGCCUAAGAAGACCGCUAAGGGUAAGGCUUCUCAAGAAUUGUAA